GCUUACUUGGACAGUUUCGCUGUUAUUUGUCUGUCGCAUGACCCGCAACUCUCGCCUAAUUCACUUCGAACUGAACAGAAAGCCACUUUAAAGUCGUUUUCAGACCCAGGGACAGACUCCGCGAUGAGCUCUGGAAGCGGACGAGAACAGUUCACUUGGACGCUUUGAGCACUUCCAGCGAUGGACAAGCAGAAAGUGCUGGCGCGGCUGGUUUCAGACCUGCAGGCGUUCUUGCUGCUUCUGGACAGUGAGAAUCUCAGUUAUAUCGCUCAGGCCCAGAAGAAAUCCCUCUCAGAGCUGCUAAAUAAACUACAGGACAAUAAGGACGCACCAGCCGAGGAUGCGGAGUACAUGAUUAUGAACUGUCCCUCUGGAAGCCCCAGUGAUCUCAGGGAAAGCACCACAGCUGAGGCUCAUUCGGCAGAGGAAACUCUUUCAGUCAGCUCUACUGACCUCCUGCAGCCCGGGUCUAUGAGUCCUGCUGUUCCCCCACAUGCCCCAUGUUUAGAGGACGAGGACUGUUACGAGGUAGCAGAACCGUUUGUUCUGGCCAGUCAGUCUACAGAUAAGGUGGAUUCAGACAGCAGUCACUACGAGUCGUAUGGUGAGGAGGAUGAUGAAGAGUUUGUGAAGGACAGAGCUCACUACAUCCAGUGGAGCUCCUCUCAGCCGUGUUUAAGACCUGUGCCAGAGUCACGCAUCUGUGGCUACCUCUGGAAGAAGAAGUGGCUGGGUCAGUGGACGCGCCAGCUCUUCAUUAUUAAGCACAACUCACUACUGUGUUUUAAGUGUGCUAAAGACCUGCAACCUCUGCUGGAGCUAAACCUCACGGGUUGCUACGUGGUCUACAAGUCCAAUCACAGUAAGAAGAUGCAGCACCAGCUGAAGGUGGUGGCCGGUGCUGAAACCAUUAUCUUGGGCUUCCAGAGCAGCACGCAGGCCGAAGAGUGGAGGAAGAUAAUAGAAGAAGUGAGCGGCUCCUCGUAUUAUGAGCCUGAAUCCCAAAGCUCUUCAUCCAUCCUGAGGAGCGAGAGGCUGCACUCUUGCAGGUCAAGUACUGUCCUCCAUACGGACUCGGAUGAAGAGAAAAUCUCAAGUCUUCCGUCUGCAGUUAGCAUUGUGGAAAUCAAAGACAAAGACCUAGCGGGCUUCCUGAACGUGCUGAUGAACUGUCAGUGGCAGAGUCUGUGGUGUCGGGUGGAGGACGGGGUCCUGAAGAUGUAUCGGGACGAGGCGUCAGAAGAUACCCCUCAAUACACUGUUCAGCUCAGAGGGAGUGAGGUGCGACCCGGCCCGGAUACAGCACAUGCUUACCGCAUCACCAUCACAAAGCAAGGGGACCAGAUGGCUGUACUAGAGGUGAGUUGUGCAGAUGAUAAAGAGCAGUGGGUUCAGCUCCUGCAGGAUGGGAGUUCAACUGCAGCUGGAUCUGCAUAUCAACACACCAGCCAUGAGUCGCUGAGUGGUCUGAAAAGCCGCAGGUUUCCCACCUCAAACAUGUACAUGGAUGACCCCUUUCAGCAGCUGUGUGGUCCAUCAGUCCAGCCGCAGCCCAUCUAUUCAAACUCCUCCAUCCUAGAGCACAUGUUUGAGAAAGCCUACACUGGUGCAAACGGAGAAUCGGUGUCAUCCAAGGAUUCUGCCAGCUACAGCAAUAAUGAAAUCUUCAGCAACCACAAUACAAAACUGUUUGAGAUUGAGAGGGGUGUGCAGAAGCUGGACCUGACAGGAAAGAGACGGGUGCAGUUGCGAGCGGGGUCAGAGGUCAACCUCAUGAGCAUGGGGACGAAACCAGCUAAACGCAAUUCCUUCAGACGCUCCCUCGCUUUCUGCACUGAGCGAGCACAGGGGGGCUUUCUGAACCCACUCUUGAGAAGAACUGCCUCGGCCAAAAGCACCCUGAAGAAAGCUCCAUCUGCCCUGUUUAUGGAUCAUGGCAGGGUCUUCCAGAGGAGGAGGGAGUGGGAAGCCAAAGCUUCAGGGUGACAGCGAGAGAAGACUCACAUUCCCCUCAUAUUGUCAAUAUAAUAUUGCACUGAAAAUAAUAUUCUUUCCAAGCAUGUGGAUCAUGCAGUGGUUUGGAUUUGUAAAGUUUUUGGUUCUUUUUUGGGGGCACUUGGUACGUUUAAGACAAUAACCGAACACACAGACUCUUUAUCUGCAUACUCUGUCCGUAAGCAUCUCGUCUUCACUCACAGAGUUGCAAAAUUGUUAAGGGAGCAACUGUAAAACAUUUUACAUUUAUAAAUGUCUGUUGAGAUGAUGCUGAUGUACAUUUCUUUAGAAAUUAAUGAUAACUUAAGCGGCAACAUGUCAGGUAUUAAAUAACUCUAUGUCUAGAGAGUGGCACAUUUAAAUAAAGUGAGUUUUAUGUUUAUCAUCAUGGCACAGUAUUUAUCCUUAUGUAUAUCACUUUGCACUGCUUUGAACCCGACCUAAACUGUGUUUGCAGUUUUCAGGAAGGCAUCGUCAUGGUCCAAAUCAGGAAUCGUCAGUGUGAAGAUCAGACAGGAUGUGUGUAUCACUAACUGAUCAUUGAUUAAUUAAGAGAAUAAUUACCUCCUUGUUUUAUUUUAUUUUUUCACUAGACUCACAAAUCUGUGGUAAUUUAUCAAUUAGUACUUUUUUGUUAUUCCACUGCACAUACAGUAUAUUAUGUGUUGAGCUUUUCUAAUGAUGUGCCUUAACCAUGUUUUUUAUCCGUGUUUUUAUGAAGCAUUGCUGGUAUUGAUCCCACUCAUUUCAAAAAGGUUUUUCUGUAUAGUUUGGUAGCUUUAAGACAAUAAUAGCCUAAUAUUGCUGUACAAAAUAUAACUGUGGAGAACAAAAACACCACUGAUGAACAUAUUUGUACAAUAAAUAAAGUAAUGCUGGAUAA